CUUCUGGGAAGAAACAACAGAAACAUGUCGCCGCAUCUCCAAACGCACCAGUAGGAUAGUCCUUCUCUGGGGGGUCAGACUGCUGGUUCGGGUCCACCUGCGACGAGAUGGUGAGUGAGAGGCGUGGUCUACCUGUCGGCAGAUGCGCUUCCUGUUGCUGUUCAGCCGGCAGGGGAAGCUGCGGCUGCAGAAGUGGUUCUCGCCGGUGACGGACCGGGAGAAGAAGAAGGUGAUCCGGGACAUGACGACGCUGGUGUUGGCUCGUCCGCCGCGCUCCUGCAACUUCCUCCACUGGAGGGACCUCAAGGUCGUUUACAAGAGGUAUGCCAGCCUGUACUUCUGCGCCGGUCUGGAGGACCAGGACAACGAGCUGCUGGGCCUCGAAGUGCUGCACAGAUAUGUGGAGCUGUUGGAUAAAUACUUUGGCAACGUGUGUGAGCUGGACAUCAUUUUCAACUUUGAGAAGGCGUACUUCCUCCUGGACGAGUUCCUGAUGGGAGGAGAAGUUGUGGAAACCUCUAAAGUAGCCGUGCGCGUGUCCAUGGAGGAGGCGGACACACUCCAAGAGACGAUGGAGGAGUACAUGAGCAAACCCACCUACUGAGCCGCGAGAGGACGACUCACCCCUCAAGACUUCAAGCACGAGGUUUAUCACUCUGCUUCCUUUCUGUUUAAGUGCCUUUUUUAAGCCUCAUAGUGAUCAAUUUCUGGAUUUUUUUUGGGACCGAAAAUACUCUUUUUUUUGUUGUUGUAAUCUCAGAGCAAAUCUAAUUUGAACGAAUGCAUCGUGUGAUGGUGAGUAAAUAAAGAACCACUACACAGUAAGGAAAAAUAAAGUCAAUGCUUUAUUAACCUCAGGAAUGUCACAUAUGACCACAUUUACAAAAAAAAUAAAUUAAAAAAAAACACAAGUGAAUCUGGGAUCCAACACUGAUUUGGGUUGUGUGUG